CGAACCCAUGGCUUCAGUUCUCCUCCCCUUCAUCCGCUCCCUGCUCUUUUCCUUGCUUCUGUCUUGCAAUCCGUAUGCCGUCCACGGAGGAGCAAACAGCCAUCAUGUCCUUGGAUCCGACUCUUUGAAGCCGGCAACUGCCUGCUCCAAACCCAAAGGGUCAAACCGGACCUUGCUGGCCGUAACCCACCGACACGGUCCCUGUUCACCAAUCCCUAGCAAGACGCGCCCAACACCGGGUGAAAUCCUGCGCCUAGACCAACUGCGCCUCAAUUAUCUCCAGCAAAUGGCAUCAUCACAUGGCUCCAGAGACACCCGGGUACAGGAAUCCCAGACAAGCCUUCCGGCAAAACUUGGUACUGCACUGGGUUCUGCUGAAUACGUCGUGACGGUCGGCUACGGCACACCCGAGCAAGACCAGACUGUGAACUUCGACACUGGAAGUGAUAUCAGCUGGAUCCAAUGCCAGCCAUGCCCGGACUGCUACCCACAACAAGAAAAUUACUUCAAUCCACCUCAAUCUUCUUCCUAUGCCUCAAUCCCCUGCAGCUCUCCCGAGUGCUCACUGUCCUCCGAACUUUAUUGCCCCAACCCUACCUGCAUGUAUAACGUCACCUAUGGGGAUAAUUCCACAACUGCAGGAUACUUGAGCCGUGAAACGCUGACACUAUCUCCUUCCGACGCGGUCUCAGGCUUCAUUUUUGGGUGCGGCCAAUCCAACAAGCGCUUGAAUGGAACGUUGGCUGGGUUGAUGGGGCUCGGUCGAGGCAAUCUCUCUUUAGUGUCCCAAACAUCUCAGAAAUUUGGCAAUGUAUUCUCCUACUGUCUCCCACCUACAGAAAGCUCUGCAGGCUACCUGACAUUUGGCGAGCCCGCGCCUUCGGACACCAUUUCAUACACACCGAUGCAUACCGAUCCAAGCAAUCCCACCUUCUACUUCGUUAAUUUGAUAGCAAUAAGCCUCGGGGGCCAGCAGCUGGCGAUCCAGCCUUCGGUCUUCUCGUCCACUACCUUUUUCCUAGACUCGGGAACCGUGAUCACCAGGCUACCUCCCUCGGCCUAUCAAGUCCUGAGGUCUGCUUUCCAGAGCUCCAUGAUGAAUUACACAAUGAGAGGGUCGUCUGGAAUACUUGAUACUUGCUAUGAUGAGAAUGUGGAUAUAAAGCCGGCACCGGUUGCACUGCACUUCGAAGGGAAUGUCACAUUGAACCUCGAUGAUUCAGGCAUCCUCUUUGAUAACUGCCUAGCUUUCGCAGGACAUGAGAAGGACAGCGAUGGAGGCAUCAUUGGUAACGUGCAGCAACGCACAUUCGAGGUGGUUUAUGAUCUGGCAGCAGAGAAAAUCGGGUUACAGCCCAAUGCUUGCAACUGAUAAGAACUAUUCCCCUGCUAUAAGUCUAGUAAGUAUCCAUGGAAUAAAGUGGAGGGGUAUUAAAGUGGAAGUAAUCCCCUGUUAAGCUAAGCAUUAGUAGAACUCCUAGAAUAUUUUUUGAGUAUCGGUGUGUCAUGGCUGCUAAGAAAUAGCGAAUAAUAGUGAAUAAAGAUGCAUAAUACUCUUGUUAUACAAAUUAUGUAUCUAGUCUACUAGAGUAGAACAGUUACGUCACAUAUUCAAGCUGCUUAUUAAUUGAUAAAUGUAAUAACAAGUAACAACCAUUCUAAUACAUUGCUCUAUACAUUGUUAUAUCCAAGUCCAUGGUGAUAUGAACAUGAUCCUACUCCCAGUUUUUGUGAAUCCACAAUAAUCGAUAUUUGGGUAAUGUUUAUUGACAAAGUGGUCAUUGAUGGGCGUAAGUUGGAUAUGUAAACAAAGUGGUCCAUUCAAACUUAACAAAUUUUCAUCACUUCCAGUAACCAGACAGCAUAAUAAACCUGCAACUGCAUAUUUAGAAAUAGAUGUCCUGAAAACUCCAUUUUGGGUGAAGUCAAUCAGCAUUCUCUCUCACAUGCAAGACACACUGUUCAUGCCAUGUUUAACACCAUCUCCUGUUCAUACUUAUCUCCUAUUGAAGUUCAUCUCAUGUUUCCCACCAUAUUUUUGAUUUUGAUUACUAAGAAUCCAAUCAUCACCAUAACUUCCAUAUCUGCAGGCUAUGGACUAUGGUACUAAACUGAAGCCUCCAUUUGGAAGCUUGCAGCACACCCAUUGCUUCUCAUUACAUCAUUCUAUGCCACUUUUAAGAAUAUAACCAAAACUAGAGUGUUCAUGAAACGGAUCGGGACUUAAUUACUAGAUUUGCAUUAUGCAUUGCCAACAUAAAAAUCACAUAGAGAGAACAAAAUGCAGCAGGUGCUCUCAGGCAUCCUUGAAACUUCAAUAAAGAAUAAGUUUAUGGCUAAGAGAACUAGAAAAGGUUUAACCUUCUGAAAUUGGUAACCCAAAAUUUUGAAGACCCAAACAUUGAUCUAAUGUAACUAACAAAACUUGGAUAAGCCUAGGAAGCUUCACUGUAAAUUUAUUUUGCCAUCUUAGAAAGGAGCAUUGUGUGAAAAGCAUCUUGUUGUAAACUCUCAGGAAUACUGAAUAAAACAAACAGAGACCAUGUCAACAAAUACCCCAUGUUUUCCUGCUAAAUGAAUUUUGGUCCACGAUCAACUGAAUUCUUGUUCACAGCAUAUGAUUAAAGAUUUAUACCUGCCUAGAAAGCAUCAUUUGCGAGACAACUCU